AUGGCGAUUGAUCGUCUUGCCAACCCUGGUCCACUAGGGUUUGGCGGCUUUGCAACAACCCUGAUGACCCUUUCGCUUUCCAUGAUGGGCUUCCGAGGAGUCGAAAACCAGACAAUAUUCAUAUCGAACCUUUGUUUCCUUGCCGGAGUCGGCCUUCUUAUAUCCGCGCAAUGGGAGAUGAUAAAAGGUAACACUUUUGCCUACACAGUGCUCGCUGCAUUUGGAUUAUAUUACGGCGGAUAUGGGGUAUUAUUAGCCCCCUCGUUAGGUGUUAUAGAGUCCUAUGGUGGAAAAACGGCCGAGUACUACAACGCAUUUGCGUUCUACCAGCUAGUUUGGUGCAUUUUGAAUUUCCUUUUCUUACUCGCUUCUCUACCAACGAAUGUUCCGAACAUUGUUGUUUAUGCCGCAUUGGAGCUAUGCUACAUCUUCAACUGCACUGCUCAUUUCAUGAAAGCAGAUGGCAGGGUGGAAUUAGGUGAAGAAAUCACUAAGAUGGCUGGUGCUUUCGGUUUUAUAUCGGCGACAGCCGGAUUCUACCUUUUAGCGCACGGCCUAUGUCAGGAUACCUGUCCAUUUGACAUCCCUUUGUUUGAAACGAAGUGUUUUUUCCGACGACGACGGUUUGGGUGUGAGGGAGUGUGUGAGGAUGCUCAGGUGCUCGCAGAUCAAGAUACGGGAUCAGGCAGCGUGUAG